GAAAGCCUUGAAGAUGGAUCUCGAACCGGAUUUUGAUCGAUGGACACAUGCCACUCUUGUUAUUCAACGAACAUGGAGAGGUUACUGCACUAGAUGCAAACUUUUUGCUCUUCUGGAAGUGAAAGCGAGCCUCAUGUGUGCCUCAAAGGCUAGCCGAAUGCAGAGUGAAACGCUACAAGACGUGUCAACGCUUCUAUCUGUCUAUUCGCCCAGCAAAUCUAGAGUGUCUGCACUUUCUUCCUUUCGGUCAAGAGGUUUGAUACUAAGAAUACAACGCAAGUAUCGGGAUUAUUUGGACGGUUGUAUCGAGUAUGGGUUGCAACCGUAUGUGCCUGCUGUCAAGAGUUUUCAGUCAUUUUGUGCAGGUCGAAUUCAGACUUGGUGGAAGGAAUGUAAAAGAACAUCAAAAACAAAAGUCCUGUAUCCUAAUGAAGCUGCAAGUGUUAUACAACGUUGCUGGAGGAGGCAUAUUGACAUGCAAGUUUAUAGAUACUAUCGAGAUUUAGUGAGCUUUAGAAAUCGUGGAGAUCCAUCUGUUAUGCUGAGAUGCAUCAAUCCUACGGAAGCUCAGUUAUUGGAUCGUGGGUCUGGUGCUCGAGUCAAGUUUCGUUUAGCUGGAGAGACUUUUCCUCCAAAUAUUUAUUACAAGAUCUUCAUACAGAGUCCAAUUCAAGAUGUAUGUGCCAAUGCACCAAGAGACUAUACAAAUGUAUGUUAUCAAAGAACAACUGCUAGGCAUACUCACAACAAAGGAGCACCAGAUGUGAGACUAGAUAAAUCUUCUUGGUAUAAACGAUGGGAGAACAAUGGAUGGAGACUAGUCUCUGACAGAUUCUUGCACAGAGCUCUUUUUGAUCCAGUUUCUUUUGAGACAUCCAAGAAAAAAAUUGAAUUUAAACAUAUGAAGAUGCAGCGCAAAGUUGAUGUGGAAAGAAGAAGGAAGCAGAAGAAAAUUGAAUGGAUGAGAAAGUUGUACACAGGUAAAGUCCAUCUGAAGACAUCUACAGACACUGAGAAUGAAGCUCAUGAUGAUGUUGAUGAUCUUGUUGAAUGGACAUGCCGUCUUGAUUUUGACGAAUAUGUGAGCAAUUGGUACUCAUUGGCAACAACGUCUACAUCAGAUAAUGCUGGCAAGAGGCAGCUGUCAUCAUUUUCUGACGACGCAUUUGAAGUAAAAGUAUGCUGAAAAAAUUGUUAGGCGCUGUGUAACAUUGCAUAGAAUUCAAAUAAUGUAGUAGAGAGUUAUAGUGAGGUCUUGCCUGCUACUUAGUCUCACAUGGCAGACCUUUGGUCUAGGGUAUGCCAAAGGUCUGGCCACGCGAGUGUGUUGGGCCAAUAACUGACAACAGACUACAUACUUUGUCU